CAGCUGAUAUUUGACAUAGGUUGUUGGUAAUUCUCGUCGUUGUGAUUGUUUCGAAUUUCUUUAUUUCGAAUAGAUUUUAAAGUAAUUUACACAGUGAAAUGGCUGUACCAGAUUAUAAACUGAGUUCUGUUUUAUGUGGUCAUUCUAUGGAUGUAAGGUGUGUCGCCACAACCAAUGAAUUUUGUAUACUAUCUGCAUCUCGAGAUAGAACGGCAAAACUGUGGCACCCGGAAGGAGUAAAAGAUUUUGUCAAUGUGGUAACAUAUAAAGGCCACAAUAAUUUUGUAUCCUGUGUAUGUUGGUUACCGCCUUGUGAGGCAUUCCCUGAAGGUCUAGUAAUUACGGGAAGCAACGACAAUACAAUAUUGGGCUACAGACUACAAGAUGGAGCUGUUGAAAUCAAUUUAACUGGACACGAAAAUGUAGUUUGCAGCGUCUCACCUGGCAGUGAUUCUGGGAUACUUUUAAGUUCAAGUUGGGACAGUACAGCAAGAGUGUGGAAUGUGAACACGCCCCAAAUGUCACCAAUAGUGCUAAAAGGCCACCAAGCUGCGGUCUGGGCAGCAUUAGAACUUGGCAAUGGUGCCUAUGCAACAGCUUCGGCUGAUAAAAACAUUAAUCUAUGGAGGAAGGCUGGUGGACUGAUUGUUUCACUUUCAGGUCACACAGAUUGCGUGCGAGAUUUAGCAGUAGCAAGUGCAGAAACCUUCCUCAGUUGCUCAAAUGAUGCUUCUGUUAGGUUGUGGACUAACAAAGGAGAGUGCCUUAACACUUACUAUGGACACACUAAUUAUAUUUAUAGUAUCAGCGUAAACCCAGCCCUUCCACAAGGGUUUGUGACUAGUGGUGAGGAUGGAACAGUAAGAGUUUGGGCGGCGGGAGACUGUGUGAGAGAGUUGCGGCUGCCAGUACAAUCUGUGUGGAGUGUAACUUGUUUAGAUAAUGGGGAUAUUGUUACUGGUGCGAGCGAUGGCCUAGUGCGAGUGUUCACUCGAGACCCGGCGCGCUACGCCGAUGAGCCUACCCUCAAACUGUUUGAGGAGGAAGUGCAGAAGAUGAUGGCAGCCUCGCAACAGGAAAUAGGGGGAUUCAAACUGUCAGAAUUGCCAGGCCCCGAAGUACUAUUAGAGCCAGGCAAGAACGAUGGUCAAACUAAGCUGGUCAGACGAGGAACCAACGUCAAAUGUUAUUCUUGGAGCGCGGAACAAAACACAUGGAACGAGAUUGGUGACGUCAUGGGCGCCAACCCGCCCAGUGAAGGAAAGACCAUGUAUCAGGGCAAGGAAUAUGAUUUUGUAUUCAGCGUCGAUAUCAAAGAUGGCGCCCCUCCGCUAAAGCUGCCUUUCAACAAGACUGAAGACCCCUGGGUGGUUGCACAGGCAUUCAUUCACAGAAAUGAUUUAUCACAAGGAUUUUUGGACGAAGUUGCCAAUUUUAUAAUUAAGAACGCUAAAUUGGACACCUUGCCGGCUUCUAGUAAUGGAUUCGCAGACCCGUUCACGGGCGGGUCCCGGUACGUGCCCGGCUCGAGCCCGGCGCCGGGCCUGCCGCCGCCGUCCGCGUCCGAUCCGUUCACGGGCGCCGGUGCCUACACCACCGCCGCGGCUGCUGCCAGCGAGAAACCGCUCGUGCCUCACGACUCUUAUAUAAGGUUCGACCAAGCCAAUCUAAAAGCAAUACAUGACAAGUUGAAGGAAUUCAACAGCAAAGUGGGGGACGGCCUGAGCGCCUUCUCGGACCAGCAGCUAGAGAAUAUCGUCAAAUUAGGGGAAAUGAAUUGUACAUACAGUCCUGAAACCAUACAGUCACUAAAGAAAAUGUUAGAGUGGCCCAAAGAAAUAUUGUUCCCAGUUCUCGAUAUAACUAGGUUAGCGGUUAGAAACAAAGAAAUUAAUGGGCAGAUAUUCGAUACAACGCACGGACCUAAUUUUGUCAAAUAUUUAUUAACAUUGCUCACUCCAGAUAAUCUGCCAGCGAAUACAAUGCUCGCUAUGAGAGUGCUAGUGAACGCGUUCAGCGACCUGCCCGGCGAGAUGUUAGUGCUGGCUGCCAGAGAAAGCGUGGUGCACGCGAUUAUCUCCCUUACGCACCUUAACAAUAACACACAGAUAGCAGCUGCAUCACUUUUACUCAAUUUGUCAGUAGCUCUCGCUCAACAGACAGACAAUAUGGAGCUUGCAGAGUGCAUAGUGGACUUGUUGACUAAGAUCACUGAUAAUGAAGCGUAUUUUAGGGCCUUGGUAGCACUAGGAACUUUAUUAGCAGAAGCACCAAACAAACUAAUAGUUCAAACAAAGAUUGUAUCCAACAUUCAACUACACAACAAACUGAAGAGAGACAGCUCAGAAGUCAAUCCCAGCUUUAAGAAGAUAUGCAUCUGCUCGCAACAGAUCUUGAAAAUGUUAUGAAAUGUAAACUUAAUUAUAUGACUAUAAGGCUGGUUUUUCAUUAAAGCAAUUUGUUAUAAAUAGAAAUGGUAUAGCGUGCUUUCCUCGCCUGUUACUGACCUGAUCAAGAAGUCAGGUACUGAUUAUUAUGUAAAUUAUUUUAAACCAUGACUGUUGUGACAGUGCUAAAGCCAGAUUUACAUUGAGAAAGUAACUGUCAUCAUUACUCUAAUAAAUUAAAACUUACGGGCUCUGUUAAAUUAGUAAAACAUUUAAAUCUAUCAAUUUUAAUAGAAAUUGAGUGUCGAAACAAGCGUCAAAUUAAAAAGACCUUGACUGCCUUAUUUUAAAGCUUAACUUCGUUCAUAAUCAACGGCCAGCGCGGAAAACUUACUAAACUAAAAUCGGUGGUACUGAAUUUUCAAUUUUAUAUCAAAAGCCUUUGGAUCCAUUUUACAUUAUUGUGUUUUGAUGCUCAAAUUUUAUCAACAUUGAGGAAAUAUAAAAAUUCACACCACACUGUGAAUGUAAAUCUGCCUUUAUAAGAAUACGCAUUGACUUUUAUAAUGAAAACCUUACUAUGCGCGUUUCAUAAAGAAGUUCUAGGUGUUGUGGGACACCUGAUAGAAAAGAAACUGAACUGUCUCCCUCACUCAAAUUUUAAAAAAAAACCUUUUUCGUUUCUUGGUUUGUGGCUUUUUAGGGCCAGACCAGCACAAUCCACUAGUAUCGAGUAGCUUGAAUUAUUCACUUUAAUUUUCAUGGUGGCAAUUUUGAAAUUUUUAGUAUUUGUCGUUAUGACAGUAAAUAUACACAUUCUCAGGUCUACCUAUUGUGAUUUAACGAGAUACAGCCCGCUGACAGACAGACGGACAGCGGAGUCUUAGUAAUAGGGGUCCUAUGACACACUUGGGGUACGCGACCUUCAAAAGAUCUCAAUCCCAUGCAAUGAAGUUACAUUCAAACAAGAAUUCUUCGUGAAAAUGAUUUAUUAUAAAAUAAAAAAGUAAUUCGAUUUUUAUACAAUAAAAUAUCAUACAUCCACAGUAAAAGAAAAGUUUUUUAAUAACAUUUAUAUUACCUAUGUAAUGCAAUACUUUCUAUAUGAACAAUGUUACAAUACUUAGCAAAAUGAAUAUAAUUUAAUUUUAAAAAG